CGCACACUCGGACGGAACAGCAGAGGUUUUCUGCUAAAGAAUGGCUGACGUGAAGGCACUCGAACAUCCUACACUGAAGGUCCCUUACGAGCUGUUGAAUAAGAAGUUUAGAUCAGCCCAGAAGUGUAUUGACCGUGAAGUUGCUCACAUUCACUCUGCAGGGAAUGACCUGGAGGCGUGUCUACAACAGAAGAGCCCCACUAUCGGAGAUGUUACGUGGGCCAUUGACAGCAUGGUAGAAAAGCUGUGUCUUUUGAAAAGAAAAGCUGAUGAGAGCAUCAGUGAGGAGUUAGAAGCCGCACGUAUGAUCAAACGUCGUGUGGAACAUUUAAAAGAGGCAGAAUCUUUAGAGCCACAUGCUAAACCUCUAUGGCACAAGAAGAGACUAGAUCGAAUGCUGGUGGAAUAUUUUCUGAGAUCUGGCUACUACAAUACAGCUAUUAAAUUGGCACAGCAUUCAGACAUUGAGGAUCUGACAAAUAUUGACUUAUUUCUGACAUCAAAACAAGUGGAGGAAUCACUUUCACGAAGGGAGACAACUCCAUGUCUUAAUUGGUGCUAUGAUAAUAAAUCAAAAUUGAGAAAAAUGAAGAGUACUUUAGAAUUCAAACUUCGUCAACAAGAAUUCAUAGAACUGGUGCGAAGUAAUCAGAGGAUGGAGGCUGUAAGGCAUGCAAGAAAAUAUUUUGUAAACUUAGAAGACGACCAAUUAUCAGAUGUUCAGAGAGUGAUGGGACUCCUAGCAUUUCCUAGUGAUACGAGUAUUACAACUUACCAGGACCUGUUAGAUGACAAGCGAUGGCAGGACUUGGUACAUCAAUUCCGCUUUGAGAAUUUUAAACUUCACCAACUCAACCAGUCAUCAGUGUUUGCUGUCAGUCUACAGGCAGGGUUGUCUGCCCUCAAGACACCAUUUUGUUACAAGGGUGAGCACGAAGGGAGAAAUGCUGACUGUCCUGUGUGUGUGAAGAACCUGAACGAGCUUGCACGACCACUACCCUACGCUCACUGUGCCAACUCCAAGCUCAUCUGUACUAUCACGGGCCUGCCCCUGAAUGAGCACAAUCCCCCGAUGUCACUCCCAAAUGGUCAUGUGUAUGGCUUUAAUUCUUUAGCUGAACAAGCUGCACAAAAUGAUGGGCGAGUGGUGUGUCCCAGAACCAGAGAAAUAUUCCACAUAGACGAGGCAGAGAAAGUCUUCGUCAUGUAGAUCCAGCUGACUAGUGUCUCAGUGUAUGCCCUUGUAUACUUCCUUCCCUGCAAAGCUGUGCUGCUAGUAUUCGCUAAAUGUUUCAUCAAGACUACCCCACAGAGAAUUGCAUUACAACAAUCAAAAUUGACAAGUUUCACAUCUAACACAAGGGUAAAAUUACAUCUUGUUGUGAGACAUGCAUAAUGUGUAUAUUUACUGAAUUCUACAAACCACAGCGUAGAGAAAAUCAUCGGACCAAUCUUUAAAUAUAUCUACUAAUUUCUAGUACACGUAUGGUGAUAUGGUUCUUUCAGUAUAUCUAUUCAGUAUAGGUUCCUCUACCCAUGUCUGCAGUAGACCAUACCUGUUAUACACUAUACUAUUCCAACAUCAUACAUUUAUUCUCACGGGGAAAUGAAUUUCCUUUGAACAGGUGGUGCUAGUAAUACUGUUUUUGUCAUCUGCAAAUAUAACAUCUCGGUUUAAACAGAAGAUGUGAAGGGUUUCUUUAUCAAGGGAGAGUAAAGUUUUAACAAAAACGGCUACCAUUUACACUUGAAUGAAAUUAUUUACAAUCCCCUUCUUCCAGAAGUUUCUUCUAACCUUUCAGAUGACUCAGAAGAUAUGUCUUCUAUGCCGAAGCUACAAGUAACAUCUUCCUGUCAUCUUGUUGUUUUAAGUGAACAGAUUAUGAAGUUCUCUGUUGCAUAAGUUUGGCUUUCAUGGUCAAUGUCUGUGCUGCUAAUUGUUUGGAAAAAAAAUAUCUUAAUUUUACAUCAAAGGUAAAAAUUAACGUUAUAUUUAUUUCUUCAAACAACUACUAUAGACAUAGACCAUGAAAUUACAUCAAAGGCAAAAGUGACUUGGCUAUUUGUUAACAAUAACUUAAAUUGUCCAUGCACUUUAAUCGAACAUGGAAUUGUUCCUCUUCUUAGUAAAACUUCUUUAGAAGAAGACUGCAAAUAUGUCAUUCUUGUAUAAGUGGAGAUUCCAGUAAUAUGUGUUCCAGUUACAACAUUGUACAAUUUCUUAAAACUAUUAAGGCUGGGGUUUUCUGGUUGUUGUGGUUAAAAAAUAAUUGAAAUGACAUGUACAUGACAUGCCACAUACUCUUCCACUUUCCCAGGGGAAGAGUUCAGGCACUGUGACUCGAACUCCCCAACAAACACAAGGAAACAUCUCCAUUGGGAAGGGGUCAUAAAAGAAUAAAGACAAACCUUUCCCAAAAAAUAGAAGUCAUUCCUUUGAUUCAAAGUGACUUGUUUGGCCCAGCUUGAAAUCUUGUAUGUUUUAUGAACCAGUUAUCAGAACAAAUCCUGUUGAUGUUUAAAAGAAAUUCAUGGUAAAUGCAAUUAUAAGAUACCCAGGUAACAAGAUUUGCUAAUGUGUCAUGAACAUUAUUUUUUCAACAGAUUACCAUGUACAAAGAUUUAUUCAUUUGUCAAAAGUGUUGUUUUUUACAACUAGCUAGACACUGUAAAUGUAGCUGUCAUAUUGACAGUUGUAAGUAGCAUUGUUCAAAUGAGAAGUGUGUUGAUGCAGGCUGAAUGAUUUGAAUGAAGGUCAAGGAUAUUUGUUUAUAUUUCAAGCAGUCUUUCAAAUCCAAAAUAAUGUGUCUGAUUGUUAUAAAAGUAAACAUCUUCACAA